AUGGCUAAAGUUGAAAUAUUGACGUUCAAAGAUUACAAAAAGGCUGCCCGGACGCUUCUCAAGGCGUUCGACGACGAUAACGUCGACAGAUACCUUACACGGCAUUUGGAGGAUCAACCAGAACUCAAGGAGAAAUGCGACCUUCUUCUCUAUGAAGCAUACGUGUAUUCACAUAUGUUGAAAGGAAUGGUAGUUGGAGUGAAAGGAGAUGACAGUGAAAACAAAGACUCGUUUGAAACGGUCUCAAUUUGGGUCACCCCGGAUACACGUGAUAUAGAUGAUUAUAUCACGAUGCUCCGAAGUGGAUAUGCUAAAUUGGCAUGGCUGACAGGGGCCGAGGGCCGGAGAAGAGUUUUUCACGACAUGUUUAGGACACUUGCGGAGAAUUUAGAUGAUAUUAUGGCCGUGGAUCCGGACAGAGAUAACAUGUGGACGCUGGUUUAUCUUGGUUCUACACCCAAAGCAAGGGGCCACGGCAAUGUUCGAGCCAUUAUGGAUUAUAUGUUUAAGAAUUACAUUGAUCCAAAAGAUUCCAUAACGUAUUUGGAGAGUUCUGCAUUAAGAAAUGUUCCUAUCUAUGAACGAUUCGGAUUCAGAUGCGUGGCUGAUGAAUGGUUGGGAGAUAAAAACGCUACUAUUGAUAAGGCUCGAAUGGAUGUGAUGAUCCGUGGACCUAAGGGAAAGAAGUGGAAGUUUUUGGAGGAGACUCGAAAGAGAAGAGGAUAUGUGAUUCCUGAUGAAUCUGGAGAGGAGGUAGGUAAGCAAGAAGUAACUAAGUAA